AUGGCAGAGCACUCGGCUCGGGCCUCGCGGCAGUCCCGGCACCAGCUGGACAAAGCCAAGGAGACGCGAGAGCAGGAUGAGAACUUUGAGCGCAGUGUGCAUGUGACUUCAUUGAAGGAAGAGGACUUUGCAAACGUGCUAGGUGCAGAUUGGCGAGUGCAACGACCCACCAAGAUCGACUUCAGCAGUGACAAGUACCUUCUGGAUACCUUGGAGGGCCCUUCUGGGGGCUUGCUGCAUCCCAAGCUCACUAGGAGCCGGGUCCAGCUGAUUGACUUGUCCAACAACAACUUGAUGGACCUCAGUGCCCUCAACAACAGCGGCUUCGACGCCCUCCAGACGAUCAUGGCGCGGAAGAACCUCAUCUCCCGAAUCUCCUCCCUGGUCUUGCCGAGCUUGGUAGAGUUGAACCUUGCUUAUAAUGCAUUGCGGGUGAUGCCGAGCUUGGGUGGCCUGCCGGCACUGGAGGUGUUGAUCUUGUCGCACAACCAGCUCCGUGGAAACCUCGAGAAUCUGAAGUCCUCCAUGCGAAUCAAGCGGCUUGACUUGGCCUACAACGAGUUCGACUGGACGCCCUCGCAGCUCUCCCAGGCCUUGGAGGCCAUGGGCCACCUACGGGGCCUGCAGAACUUGCGGCUCUAUCACAACAAGUUUGUGGCUUGCUUCAAAGAGUACCAAAUCUAUGUGGUGAGCCGGCUGGUUUCGCUGCAGAAGCUGGAUGACUGCAUGAUCACCAUGCAGAUGCGCGAGGAUAUUGCAGCGACCAACCUCCUGGCCUUGGACGUCUACGACGUGGCCUUCAAGAAACGACAGGAAGAGCUUGCACGGCGCCGCGAUGAUUCAGGGCCCAAGACGCAUGGCGGAGUUGGCAAGCUCAAGCUGAUCAUGGAAAGCCUAGAAGAAGUGCUGGAGGAUCCGGAAGCUCUGGCCUCUCGAGUGGCACUGGUGAGGGACAAUGCGGCGAAACGCGCACAGGGCAGUUCUGCCUUCCACAUUGAGGAGGCCUUCUGGGACGGCAUGGACACAGGGUCGCCUGCAGAGAUGCAAAUCACGGUCUCCUACAUUAUGGAGCUAAUCACGGCAGUAAUGGAGCGCCAUGAUACCGCGCGAGGACAGCUCGUGGACACGCUAGGCUUCCUGAGCUGCGUGGUUGCCUUCGACUUGGGGCGAAAGUGCUUGGACCAUUUGCGUCGCAUGAUGCUCAGCAGCGACCACUGUCGGGAGGAGGCGAGUCGGGGUAUGAAGGGCAUCGUCGUGCCCACGGUCAUGGCGUUUGGGGAGGCCAACAUCAAGAGCGAUGUCACCAAGACUAUCUUACUGGGUCUGCUGGACAUGGUGCAAGAGAUGCAGAUCAGGGAAGAGGUCUGCGACAUCAUGGAAGAACUGCUGCCUCUGAUGCUGACGUUUUUCCUCACCGAAGAGUAUCUGACAGAAGAGAUCUCUCACAUCGUGCAGCUUCUUGCAUUUGGAACCGGCCCCGAGGAGUAUGCGCAGCUCGCUGCCACGCCCGAGCUAGCAGCCAGGUGCAUUAUGCAUUUGGAGAACAAGUCCCUUUUUGACAGCCCGCGACUGCGAACCACCUGGAUGGACGUGCUGAAAAUCUCGCAGAACAUCGCGGCGCACGGGUCCGAGGAGAUCGUUGAGAUGUUCAGCAAGGCGGCAAUACACUCCAAGGUGGUCGCCCGGCUGCGGCAAGUGCUCACUGCCACCAAGGGCCGGCACAACGACGUGCCUCUGGCGGCCAAGACGAUUGCUUCCAUCUGCCACUUCGUCUCGGCCAUCAUGAAGCGAAGCAAUGUGGCAUUGCAAGAGUGCUGCGACCCCAUUUGCCUUCAUGAUGUGCUUUGCCAGCUUCUGCGGUCACAUGUGGUCGACCCCCUGAUUAUGGAGGCGGUCACGCAGACCUUGCGGGUGAUGCUGGAGGACCCGAAGGUCUACAAGAAGCAGGGCAUCAAGGUGGUGGAAGACCUCCGCAAGGUCACGCCCCUGCUCCAGUUUUUGGGGGGAAAGAAGUAUCCUGAGCUCUACAAGUUGGCCAUGAAGCACAAUGAAGAAUCGGACAAUGCGGACGCUCCGCCGUUUGGGGAGCUGGAGAAUGACCUCGUGACCAACGCCAUGGUGGGGAUCGUAUCCCUCGUGGAGUUUUUCGCAGCUGAAGACGACAGCAUCGAAGAUGACCAGGCAAGACAGCUGGUGAAUGAUGCCAUGAACAUCCAAGGGAGAGAGACCAUCCUUCUGAAGUUGUUGGUCAUUCCAAAUGAUGAUCUGAAGCUGAUUGUCAUGCGCUGCCUCAGCAAGGUUCCUUUAAGUCAGAUCGAGCCGGAUGAGAUGGGCGCAAUUGUGAAGUGCCUCUCCGACGUGAAGAACAUCGGCGAGGGUCGCACCGAGGAGAUGUUGGCGCUGGUGGUCCGCCAGCUGCAACGCUUGCUCCUGGCACCUGGCGAGACAGGGCAGCAGUUUCGCAGCGGCUUCGCCGAGCGAGCGGUGGCCGAGUGCAGCGAGAUCCUGUUGGCCAACAGCCAGCGCAGCACGUCCCGAGAGUCCGACGAGCUGGAGAAGUUGGCGCUCUCCUCGGCUAUCGUGAGUUUCUACUUCAACUGCAGCGGCAUCCACUCCUUACGGAGCUGCCUCAGGAACCCCACCAUCGACGCCCUCUUCCCGCGGAUCAUGAAGCUUGAGGAGGAGCUUCACUCCCCCUUGGCCGAAGAUGUCUCCUUGGAGCAGACCUGGAUGGGCCGGUCUCUGGAAAAUCUUCUGCAGUGCUUCCAAGGAGGGCGGCAACUCUUCCGCAACAAGAAGGUGGCAAUCCGAGUUCUGUGCCAGAUGGGAAAUGUCUUGGAAGGCAGGUCAUCUUACCACGGCCGGCGGCGCAAGAUGCUGAGCCUGCAGGAGCUCGUGGGUGCAGAGGCGAAGAUGUGGGACCUGCGCGCGGUGAAGAAGGGCCAGAGAUUUCUGGACAACCAGGAGUGGGACGACCGCAUCGCCCAGGCGUCGAACUUUGUGGGCGCCGGCGGGCCUGGGCGCCUACAGGAGUUCUUGCUGGACUUGGCCGCCAAGGAGCGGGAGGAGUACUACCUGGACCAGUACGGCAAGGUCUCGGAGCGCCCGGACGUGAUCUUGCUGGAGGCGGAGGCCCUGAAGACGGAGCUGGCGGAGCGGAGCCAGGCCUGGGGCGAGGAGGAGGCGCAGCAGGUGGCCAUGGGAGAGGACGAUGAGAACGAGUACCACAAAUCUGCAGGGAGAGAGGUCCUCAUGAUUGCCAUGCAGCGGGAAGAGGAGGAGCUGGAGGAUGACCAGAGCGCCCUUUUCGCCCUCCGACCCGACAGUCUCGCGUGGGACGAGGAGGUCUUCCACGACCUGAAGAAAGGCCAAACCAAUCUGGUCUUUGCCGCGGCGGCAUACUUGCGCAUUGUGCACGCGCUGCUGGUGCUGCCUCCACAGCCGGCCCUGCGGCGCAUGAUGCUCCAGGAGCUCCGGCGGCCGGAAUGCCUGGCCAAGCUCUUGGCGCUCGUGGCGGGGCUGCCGGCCCUGUCCUGCCAUGUGGCUGCCAAGUUCCUACGAGUCAUGUCCAGCGCGUUGUCCCUAUCAGAUGACGGAGAUGCAGAUCCACCCAAGCUGGAGCACUUCAGCAUGGUGGCGAUGUACAUCCAGAGGCUGGCGGAGUCCUUGCUGUUCCUGCUGAAGCUCAGCAAAGACCAGAGGCUGGAGCCAAAGGAGGAGGUGCUUAGUGUGGAGAUCGCCCGCUUUGUGGGCACCAUGGCGGCGGCGGCCCCGCGCCUCUCCAAGGUGAACCUCAAGUUCCCCGGCCAGCCAGACAUCCAGAAGUUUUGCAUAGAGAAGAUCCUGAACUGGCUGGUGCCUUCCGCAGCCAUCCGGGUCUUCGUGGCCAUGGUGCAGUACGAGCUGCAGCUGGACAGCGGCAAGACCCUCCACCAGGAGUUCGUCAAGGACGCCUACACUCGUGUGGGAAUGAAGGACCAGGCCCUGGCUGCCUUGAGUCAGAUCCUGGUGCGCUGCGCGGAGUAUCGCUACGACGUGCUGGAGGUCUUCAGCGUCGCGGAGGUCUUCCUCUCGCAGAAUGUGCGGCCCAGCUUCUUGGGGGAGCUGCUGAACAACCUCAACCUGGGCAGCUUCACCCUCUUCGUGGAGCAGUUUUUGGCCGAGUACGACCUGGAAUCUCAGGACCAAAGGGUGCUGCAUAUGGAGAUCGUAGAUGUGCACCGCUCCACCUCCAAGAAGUUUGCGGUUUGCCUCUUUGUGGCUACCAAUUACAAAGCCUACCUACUCGAGCCAAGCUGUGAGCGGCCUGCAUAUGCGGGGGACGUGGGAGACAUGUGGGAGCCCAACAUGGAAACUCUCUUUCCAAGAGAGCCGCAAGUGAUCUGGGAGCGUGAGUACUCAACACUCGUACGCAUUUGGCACUGCUGUGGCGACCAGAUCUUGGCCUUGGAGUGGAAGGGUGCUGGCAAAACGCUGUACGAGACAGACGCUGCAGAGGACAAUAAGAUACAGUGUGAGGUUUACCUCUUCCACCAAGCAGACCGCCGCGAUGCUGUGGCGGAGUGCCUUCGAGCCAACGCCGCGAAGGGCUCUGACGUCGGCCCGCCCGUGCUGGCGGACACCAGCUUUCGCGAAGGGAUUGUCUCCGAGAGCAAGGAGGAGCAGCUGCUGGCGGUGACAGUGGCGACCAUGGGCCCUGCACCCAGGGUGGGGCUCUUUGCGGCUGAGCAGAAGGCGGAUCCCACGCCCCGGCUCUUUGCGCUCACCACAUCCACGGUGUUGGAGUUCACCAUCAUUUCCAGUGCCUGGCAACCACCGACACAGCUGGAUUCGGCAAUUUUCGACGACCUCACACCUGCAGAUCUGGAGGAUGACGCAGCAGCUGAUGAAGGGGAGGAAGAGGAAGAACUUCCGCCACCGACAGAGGAGGAGAUGGCGCUGCGGCACUUGGAGCGCAUCUGCGGCACUCAGAAGCUGCCGGAGCCCCAUGCGGCGAGGCGCUGGGUGCGCUGA